AUGGCGACAGAAGAGACAACAUACGACCUUCUUUCAAGACACGAGGUCAUUGCUGAAUUCCAAGGCCUUCAGCACAUACCAUGCAGAUUUAUGACUUCAUUAUGCCCAGAUCGCUGUGAUCAUGCAACAGAUGUUGCACUUUUCAAGGUUCUCGAAUACACAAAAUACGAGAAGCCAGGUGAAUAUGGCGAUCCAAAGCAUGAAACUAUUUAUGUCGAUGUUAAGAAGAAAGUUUUCAACCAAGAUCCAAAGAUUCAGGAAUAUUGCAAGACUUUAGAGGUUGGAAAGAAAUAUCGUGUUUGUUAUGAUCAUCUUUACCUCAACAGAAAUGGUUCAAGAUGGCCAGAGCGCCCAUGCACUGAAGUUACACCACUCUAA